CCCACCCUCUCCGGUGUAUCUGUCUACAGCAACCAGCGUCCUCAUCUACAAGCACGGAAAGGAAAGAAACAUCUUUGGUUGAGAGAGGAGGAAAAAAAACUUGCCUGAUUGUGGAAAAUGACACUUCAAGUAGCCAAGCCGGCUUCGAGAGUCCUAUCUAUUGUUUCUUAAAUUGUCAUCAGGGUGGUUUUUUUUUUCUUCCUGCUUCUUCAAGUGAAGGUACCUCUACAAAAGGAAACUCCAGCCCCUCCUGUACUCCAACGGCCUGUGAAUACUACAAAAAAAAAAGCAAAAAAAAAAAAGGAAAAAAAAGCACCCAAACUCAAAAUCAACCAACCAAACAACCCCCAACAGCCAAGCAUACAUCUCUAUUUUUUUUUCUUAAUUUUGGUCUUUUCGUUGGAUUUUCCCUUUCUUUUUUUCUUCAACAACCCCCCCUUGUUAUCGCUCAGUUUUGAGCGAAGGUUUACAUUUUUAAAAAUUUUGCUUUUCAGCCCGCCGCCUUGAUGUAGCGCGAGUUUCAUCGACUCAAAAAAAAAAAAAAAAUCUGUGGUUGGCGUUUUUCUUCCUUUUUUUUUUUUUCAAUAUUUUCAAAGGGGAGGAGAUUUUCCACAAGAAAAGGUUGUUUUCAUGUUUGGGAUCCAGGAAAGCAUCCAACGGAGUGGAAGCAGUAUGAAGGAAGAGCCGCUGGGCAGCGGCAUGAACGCGGUGCGGACGUGGAUGCAGGGCGCCGGGGUGCUGGACGCCAACACAGCGGCGCAGAGCGGGGUGGGUCUGGCCCGGGCUCACUUUGAGAAGCAGCCGCCUUCUAAUCUGCGGAAAUCCAACUUCUUCCACUUCGUCCUGGCCCUCUACGACAGACAGGGCCAGCCCGUGGAAAUUGAGAGGACUGCCUUUGUGGGGUUCGUGGAGAAGGAAAAAGAAGCCAACAGCGAAAAGACCAAUAAUGGGAUCCACUACCGGCUCCAGCUCCUCUACAGCAAUGGAAUAAGGACGGAACAGGAUUUUUACGUGCGCCUCAUCGACUCCAUGACAAAGCAAGCCAUAGUGUACGAAGGCCAAGACAAGAACCCAGAAAUGUGCCGAGUGUUGCUCACGCACGAGAUCAUGUGCAGCCGCUGUUGUGACAAGAAAAGCUGUGGCAACCGAAAUGAGACUCCCUCAGAUCCAGUGAUAAUUGACAGAUUCUUCCUGAAGUUUUUCCUUAAAUGCAACCAAAAUUGCCUAAAGAAUGCAGGAAACCCACGUGACAUGCGGAGAUUCCAGGUCGUGGUGUCUACCACCGUCAAUGUGGACGGCCAUGUCCUGGCAGUCUCCGAUAACAUGUUCGUUCACAAUAAUUCCAAGCACGGGCGGAGGGCUAGGAGGCUUGACCCCUCGGAAGGUACGCCCUCUUAUCUGGAACAUGCAGCUACUCCCUGUAUCAAAGCCAUCAGCCCGAGUGAAGGAUGGACGACGGGAGGCGCGACUGUGAUCAUCAUAGGGGACAAUUUCUUUGAUGGGUUACAGGUCAUAUUCGGUACCAUGCUGGUCUGGAGUGAGUUGAUUACUCCCCAUGCCAUCCGUGUGCAGACACCUCCUCGGCACAUCCCUGGCGUUGUGGAAGUCACAUUGUCCUACAAGUCCAAGCAGUUCUGCAAAGGGACUCCAGGCAGAUUCAUCUAUACAGCCCUCAAUGAACCCACCAUCGACUAUGGUUUCCAGAGGUUACAGAAGGUCAUCCCCCGGCAUCCUGGUGAUCCGGAACGCUUGCCGAAGGAAGUGAUCCUUAAAAGGGCUGCUGAUCUUGUUGAAGCCCUGUAUGGGAUGCCCCACAACAACCAGGAGAUUAUCCUGAAGAGAGCUGCCGACAUUGCAGAGGCUCUCUACAGUGUCCCUCGCAACCACAACCAGCUCCCAGCCCUUGCUAACACUUCGGUUCAUGCAGGGAUGAUGGGCGUGAACUCCUUCAGUGGACAACUGGCUGUGAAUGUCUCUGAGGCAUCACAAGCCACCAAUCAAGGUUUCACCCGCAACUCAAGCAGCGUGUCACCGCAUGGGUAUGUGCCGAGCACCACCCCCCAGCAGACCAACUAUAACUCUGUCACCACGAGCAUGAAUGGCUACGGCUCUGCCGCCAUGUCCAAUUUGGGUGGCUCCCCAACCUUCCUCAAUGGCUCAGCUGCCAACUCACCCUAUGCCAUCGUGCCAUCCAGCCCCACCAUGGCCUCAUCGACAAGCCUCCCCUCCAACUGCAGCAGCUCCUCGGGCAUCUUCUCCUUCUCACCAGCCAACAUGGUCUCUGCCGUGAAACAGAAGAGUGCAUUUGCACCCGUGGUUAGACCCCAGACCUCCCCGCCUCCCACCUGCACCAGCACCAAUGGGAACAGCCUGCAAGCGAUAUCUGGCAUGAUUGUCCCUCCCAUGUGAAAGAAUUGCCUUGAAGAAGUUUGUUAAUGAAGAGGUUGGAUUCUGCUACGAAAGUAAUCUGAUAUGAGUCCCAGAGUGGAACUUUUAACUCAGGCCUUUUUAAGAGGAAUCACACAAUAACUGCAGAUUUUUAAACAAAAUCACCGACCUUGCAAAAUGCUGAAAUUGGAAAGGGGAUCUGCUACAGCAGGGUGUUGGUUAAACUUGUACCCCCCAAGUAUCUGGGGGGAUAUAUUUAUUCUGUAUUGAUAAAAGCAAAACCACGGUUUCUUUUUUCUUUUUCUUUUUUUUUUAAGCUUUAACUCUGCAAUCAUUUGUCUUUUAUAAACCAUAAAGCUACACCCAAGGGCCACGAUGACUAAGACUCCAUGUUCUAAUUUAUGAUGUUUUUAAAGCUGUGUAAGGGGAGAAUGAAGUGGUGAGAUAUUUACAAAAAAAAAAAAAAAGCUAGAAGGGAAAAAAAAAAGAAAAAAGGUAAAAAAAAAAUUAAAAAAAGCUUGUAUGGGACAGAAUAGGAAUGCCAGUUAGAUUUUUUAGAAAACUAAGGGUCGGCUUUUGCGCCUUAAAGCAUAUCAAUGGUAGUUAGCUCGGACAGUGCAUUCUCGAUAUCUAACUUAACACGCCAUCCCUUAGCAGUUCUGCAAGCUUCUUUCUCUUUUGUAUGGUUGUCUUAAGUAACUGUGUAAAUAAACGCAGCCUGGAAAGUUACCAAGCGACAUACAUGAUCACAUUUUUCCCUUGUACUCAGAAAAUUCAGUGCCUCUAGACAGAUUGCUAAAAAAGAAAAAAAAGGAAAAAAAAAAAGCAACGCAAAACAAAGCAAAACAAAAAAAAAACCUCCCUGCAUCUUUUAACCCGAUCUCAUUCUUAUGUCAACUUCUUCCGAAGCCAGUGGCCUCAGAGCGGAGUGGCCCAUACACCGAGUGAGAGACUCCUUUAAGACUUCAUGGAACAGGGUCCAGGCACAGAAUUCCACAUAAGCCCUCCAGGUUACCAAGCUGAAAUCUCACUCACACGCCGCCAUCAAGAGAUUCGAGCUUACUCCUGCUAGAAUCCUUAAUGCUAAUUCUAUAUCCAGGCUCAAAAAAUAGGGGGAAAAAAAGAAAAAUAAAAAAAAAAGAAGGAAAAGAUAAAAA